UGUGGCUUCAUACCUCCAGUCUCAAAAAAUGUUUGCAAUGCAGUUUAUUUUGAUUCAUUCAACACCACAACACCUUAACCCUGAUUCUCCUCGGCGCGAACCCUGUCCUGGUAGAUGAAUACCUCUACUUGCCAGUCCUGUCGGGCAGCCUCUCGGCUUCGUUUCCAUUUCCGACUCACCAGACUAAAGGAUAAUCGGCGUCGCUUCUCCUCAACCCCAAUCUCAUCAAGAACCGACUUCGUCCCGCAGUCCUGGUAUUGGGACACUACGGCUCCGACUCCUGAGAAUCUUGAGGCCGCAUCUAAGUUCUUCCAGGCACAUAGUCCUUUUCGAGCAUGGACAGGCACCGGAUGGCGGAGACACAAGCCUACCACACCUGGAGGACUUUUGGUCCCGGAGGUCGUCUUCCUCGGUCGAUCCAAUGUCGGUAAAUCCUCCCUCAUAAAUCACCUCACAUACACUGCCGACCUCAAUCGAGUCAGCAACACACCGGGCCAUACCAAAACCAUGUGGGCGUGGUCUCUGGCGGCCAAGAAUCCGAAUUCGGGGGGCGCACUCCGUGGCUGGGGUGGCGACACAAGUUCAAAGGUCACACUGGUUGACAUGCCAGGUUAUGGCUAUGGAAGCAACCGCGAUUGGGGAGAUGAGAUCAUCACCUACAUGAAAAACAGAAAAGAACUUCGAAGGGCCUUUGUCGUCAUCGACGCGAUGCAAGGCAUCACCAAGCAGGACAGACAGAUAUUUGAAUACUUGCGCGGUCUUACCAUUCCUUACCAGAUUGUCAUCAGCAAAUGUGACAAGUCUGGCUGGCAUGGCUCCCAAGCUGCUGUUGAAUCUGCCUUGCUGCCCAUCCGUCAGGAGGCAGAGGCCGCUAAAAACAAGCACCCUGGCCUCGGUGAAUUAAUCUUGGUCGGGCACCUCGAAGUCCCUGUGCUCCAUCCUGAACGUAAUCAACGUUCCCAGAUCAAAGACCCAGUAAAUUUUGGUGUUACAAACCUACAAUGGUCUAUCUUGAGGGCAGCGGGUCUCGAUCAAUAUGCCAUGCAUCAUCAGAAAGCACUUGCAUCAGGCAAGCAAAAGACUUAUUCUGCCGGCACAAUGGUUGAGUCCUAUCAAUCUCAAGUCCAAGCAGCUCACGCGUCUGCUACCAUGCCUGCUACCACAUCUGCAACGAACCAUCCUACCAAGCGUCCUCUCAGGCCCGCACUCGGUCUGAAUGAGCUUUUAAACGACCUCUUCAAUACUCUUCCUGAGGCAAGGCCUUCGAGGCCGAUUUCUGAAGGCUCUCCGGCCCCCUUUAUCGAGCUCUGGAAGCCAACCCCUGCCGGCCAAACCGAGGACGAGGAGUCGGUAGAAGUGGAUUCUUCAGAGAAACGCCUCGUUGAUCUUCUCAACCAGGGUAGAAGAAACUCAUCUCUACCACCGCAGACGAAUACUGGCCGCUCACCGCUCCGUAAAGAUUGGAUGCAAAAGCUUGAUCCUUUCCAGGAUAUGUCACAAUAUAUGAAAGAUGACUCAAUGAUGCCCCAGAUGAUGGUGAGACCGGUUGCAAAAGACCCUUCGAAACACCCCCGUUUCUUAAACCAAUCUCCUGCGUUGCGCUCGGGCGCCUCACAUUUUCCGGAUGAGUUUAAUCCUCUUUUUGAUGAAAUGGCCCCAGCCCGAACCUCAGGCGCGACGCAAAACAAUUAUAGGAGAGCAGGAAUGCCUAAACUCAGCUCGGACAGCCUUAUUCGCCAAACAAGAUCAACUGACCGAGCGGGCAAGAGAGUUGCGCUAGGUUCAGAUGCAUAUGAACCCAUGUUUGAUAAUUCCUACAACCCAACCCAGGGAGCGAAUACAAACACCCAAAACAGGAGGUCUCAGUUCUCCUCAACCGAUCAUCGUACUCCUCCUCCUCCCCAGAAGCCAUCAGCUAUUGAUCUGGGCAAGGGCGUCGCACAGGGUUUGGAGGCCUUUGAAGCCAUGUUUGCCGAUGACCACAGCCCACCCAAGGGGUCGAAGAAGAAAAAGGGCAAGAGCAAGAGCAAGAGCAGUGCAGGCUCCCUGGACAACGAUGUUUCUUCUCCCUCGAAGCCAUCGACUCCUCAGAUGGGCAAGGGCGUCGCCCAAGGUCUAGAGGCCUUUGAAGCCAUGUUUGCCGAUGACCACAGCCCACCCAAGGGGUCGAAGAAGAAAAAGGGCAAGAGCAAGAGCAAGAGCAGUGCAGGCUCCCUGGACAACGAUGUUUCUUCUCCCUCGAAGCCAUCGACUCCUCAGAUGGGCAAGGGCGUCGCCCAAGGUCUAGAGGCCUUUGAAGCCAUGUUUGCCGACGAGCCAUCCACAGGACGGAAGAAAAAUCGCUGAUGAAUCGAACAUGAGCAAAGAAGCUGAGAAACCAUUACAUGUCCUUGGGUGAUGAUUGAGAUCGAUACCUUUUGCAUCGUAUCGCCUGCACUUCCACUGCUCAUUGCCGUCGUUCGACUUCUCAUACUAUUGAAGUGAAGAAAUCAGCUUGCCUGACGCCCGGCAAUCUGAUGUCGCCAUUAACCACCUACCUCCGACAUCGUUGCAAUUGUACAACACCAACAUCAAUGCCAACACCAAACACCAAGGACCUUUAUUAGAUUCCCUUCUCCUCCGCACGGGUCAUAGAGACAGACCAGCCCCAAUGACGAAGUUGAAUGUCUCUAGUGUUCAGCCAAAGAGUAGUUCAAGUUUAUUGACUGUGAGCAUACUUUCUUGCCAUUUGCCAUUCACUUUGCAAUACCAUGGCAAGCUCUCGUGUACAACAGAUAAUAGAGGGUCAUUGAAUA